AUGGCGGCAAAAAUCAACAAUGAGGAUAUCAGCAAAGCAUGGCUCAUAAUUACAGAGGUUUUGUCUCCAGCUCAUGCCAAUGUAAGGCAAAGAAAACAAAAUGAAACUGAAUUUCAAAAUUCAGUUGAUGUUAUGAUCCAAAAUGGCCUGGGUUACAUGAUCGAAGAAUGGUUUGUUGAAUGUCUACAGCAGGAUCUUCGAAGGAAUGUUGCUCCAACCUUCUGGAAAGUUUUCGAGGUAGAAGACUCUGAACUUUUGCCCAAACAACUGGGUAAAGCUGUGAAUUAUCUCCAUGAGAUAACCAUGGGAUACAUGCCUUGCAUAGACAGAUUAAACUCAAUGGCAGUGAUUCUGGAAAACAGGAAGUCCUCAACAGUGUUCAAUAAAAAGAAUUUAUCAGAAGCGUACAUUCUGUUGAUAAAAUCAAUCAUAUUUUUCAUCAUGCCUGCCCAAUUCUGUAAAGCAGUAGAACUAUUUUAUUCACAAGCUUUCAAAGUGUUUCAUCACAGUACUUCAGAGGAUGAAGAGGAAGAAGAUGAGGAGGAUGAGGAUGAGUGCAAGGGUUGUGACAAAGAACAGGAGGAGUGUGUGUGUAAGGACAUUCUGGACAACUUCCAUACCAUCAACCGACAACUGGAUGAUAUUGGAAUUUUAGAGAGAGUAUCUGGUAUGGCAGUGACCUCCAUUGUACAUGACAGAAUUAAACACCACAUUGAAAACACAUGCAAAGGAAAUUUUGAAACUUCCUACCUAAAAAAUCUUGAAGAGUGGCUGGACAGUAAAGUGUUAGGUUGGCUAACCCUAGUAUACUCUGGAAAUUGCCGAAAUACAAAUGCUGACUGUAUAGAAGGAUUUAAAGGGAGACUACUUCACUUUAUGUAUGAGACCUUUGCAAAGACACACAUAGAUCAGCUGUUUAACAUUAUCAUCGAGUUUCCAGAGUCAGAGCCUGCCAUUCUUGACUUGAAAGUGUGUUUAGAAAAAACAGACUUGAGAGGAACACUGGUCACAUCUCUGAAGACUGCUUUGGAAACUAGGCUUUUACAUCCAGGUGUGAAUACAUCAGACAUUUUGACGGCAUACAUCGCUGCUAUUCGUGCACUCCGGAUAUUAGAUCCUGUUGGCGUUAUCUUGGAGCUUGUAUGUGAUCCAGUGAGACGAUAUCUCAGGUCCAGAGACGACACCGUGAGGCAAAUAGUAUGCAAUCUGACAGAUGAUGGCAGUAAUGAACUGCUGGAUGAACUUCAGAAAGGUCAGCCAUUGCUGGAUGAUGGCUGUAGUAGUGACGAUGAGCUGGAUGAUUGGGAGAACUGGAUGCCUGAUCCAGUCGAUGCUGAUCCAAGAACCACAUCGAAGAGCAGAAGGGCUUCGGAUAUUAUCAGCAUGUUGGUGAACAUUUACGGAAGCAAAGAACUCUUUGUUCAAGAAUAUCGAACACUUCUCGCUGAUCGAAUAUUGACACAAUUUAAUUAUGAAAUAGUGAAGGAAAUUCGCUACUUGGAGCUUUUAAAAUUAAGAUUUGGAGAAUCUCAGCUUCAUUACUGUGAGGUUAUGUUGAAGGAUGUGGCUGAUUCUAAGAGACUUAAUUCAAGGGUAAUGGAUGAGAGGCUGAAAGCUGCAAAACGAGAGGAAAUUGAAGUCAACGCAAUGGUGCUUUCAGCACAGUUCUGGCCUGCCUUUCGAGAAGAAAAGAUCAAGCUACCAGAGGUCAUGCAAAAAUCUUUGGAGGAAUACACGAAAAAGUUUGAAGCUCUCAAAGGAAACAGAACUCUGAAUUGGAAGCCCCAUCUAGGGUUGGUGAAUAUUGAUGUGGAAUUGAAGGAUCGAACACUUAACUUUAAUGUAUCUCCAGUUCAUGCUGCCAUAAUUAUUCAGUUCCAGUCACAAGAAACCUGGACUGUGGAGGAGCUGAGCAAUGUACUGCAGAUGCCAGCCACAGCCCUGAGGAGAAAAAUAGCGUACUGGCAGACACAGGGUCUGCUGAGGGAGGAGGCCACAGACAAGUUUGUGCUGGUGGAAGAACACAAAGGUCGAGCGAUGCAUGACAUCAUUGUCACCGAUGACGACGAGGCAGAGUCUGCAAUGGCUUCUGCUCAGACCCAGAGAGAGGAGGAAUUACAGGUUUUCUGGUCGUACAUUGUGGGGAUGUUGACAAACUUAGAAAGUUUGACUAUAGACCGCAUUCACAGCAUGUUAAGGAUGUUUGCCAUGCAAGGACCUUCUGCUGUAGAGUGCAGUGUGCCAGAACUCAAGCGUUUUCUGGAUUCUAAAGUGAGGGACCAAAAGUUGUUAUUCUCAGGGGGAGUGUAUCGAUUACCCAAAUCUGACAUGAUGUGAUAUAUAUUGAUUUUUGUGUUUUUUAGUGUUAUUGUAUAUUAAGUUGUUGAUGAAAUAAAGUUACCUUUAUAAUUA